AUAUAUGGACAUUUUUUUAAUACAAUUAUAUUCAGACAAUUUCUCUCCUCAUUUCUUCCAGUUUUACUUAAAAAGAAAAAGAACAAUGUAAAAAUUAUUCUUUCAAUUAUUCUUCAAUUAUCCUUAUUUUUCCUGCAUAUAAGGACAGAGAUUAUACCAAAGAAAAAGAAAACAUACCUGUACAUAUUUUAUAUAUAAUUCUAUAUAUAUUUAUAUAUGAUCAUAUGUAGAUAAUUUCUCCCGGGAUUUGUCUUUGAUACGUUUGCCAAAAAACUCAAAUGCAAGAGUAUAUAUGAUCAAUGUAGGUCUUUACACUUUCACUCUCGAGUCGUUCAAGUGUAGGUUGAUGUAAUCGCAUUCCGAUAUUUUGCGCUAUUAAGAAAACUUGUUUUGCCACUUCAGUCCAGUACCGCUGCUAUUAUCGUGCAGGCUGAACUACCGUCGAUUAAUUACAUAUUUUUCAUAUCUACAAAACAACUAGAUUUAUUAAAGAAUUUAAAUGGUAAGAGAUAAUAGAGUUAUAUUAAACAAGAAGCAAUGGACGAAUUUAGUUGCUUUUACGAGCUUUUAAACUUUGACGAAGCCUGCGUAAAUGUAAUAUCUGAUAAUAACAAUUAUAAUAUGUGGCUUUAUUCUCUCUCUACAGAUUGUUUAUCAUGUCCAUAUAAGCGCAUAGCGCCGAUCUCGACUAACGAAAAUUCUAGUUUGAAAUUCAACACAAUCGAUUCAGUAAAAUGGAGAGUGUUGAAGAAUAAUGGCAAUGAUGAAUAUAUAUCUGCCAAAAAUACAAGGUCUCAUCAAGAGUCACGCGAAGCAAAGAUCGCGCGUAGCAACAGCGAGUUAUUUACAGAACUGUUUAUUAUUUUGGGGUUAAUUAUAUUUAUCUUACUUGCCAUAUCUGCUGGAAGGUCCUUAUGGUACAAAUUUAAAACACAAUGUAUAAUGAAAGCGGAGGAGGGAAAAACUUCAACUAGCAACAAAGAAGCAACAAAACGUCGUCGCAUAAAAGCUAUCGAUACAUUCAGGGGGGCCAGCACGCUUUUUAUGAUUUUUGUUAAUGAUGGCUCCGGUAGUUAUACCAUAUUGGGGCAUGCAACUUGGAAUGGCAUAUUACCAGGAGAUUUAGUAUUUCCCUGUUUUAUAUGGAUUAUGGGAGUUUGCAUGCCUAUAGCUUUGUCGGCGCAGUUAAAGCAUGGACUUUCAAAGCUUCAAAUCAGCUAUUCCAUCUUGAAGAGAAGUUUUCUUCUAUUUCUGAUAGGCGUUGCAUUAAACACAUUAGGAACAAAUGCGCAAUUAGAAAACGUACGUGUAUUCGGAGUUCUUCAACGAUUCGGAAUUUCUUAUUUAAUUGUGGGUUUACUCUAUCUUUGCUUUAUAUCCCAACAGUCAAAAGCUGCUCAGAAAUUAUCACAAACUUGGAUAAUGCAAAAGAUGCAGGACGUAUUAAGCUUUUUGCCAUAUUGGUACGUAAUGCUGACUUUAGUAAUGGUGCAUUGCGUUUUAACGUUUGGUCUACCAAUUCCCGGAUGCCCUACGGGAUACCUUGGACCAGGCGGAAGACACGAAGACGGUAAAUAUUUUAAUUGUACCGGGGGUGCGGCUGGAUAUAUCGAUAAAAUUUUAUUGACUUUAAGUCAUAUUGAUCAAAAACCAACUAUUGAUCCCGUUUAUGGAUCCGGCCCUUUCGAUCCUGAAGGGAUUUUAGGAUGCCUCACGUCGAUAUUUCAAGUAUUUCUAGGUGUACACACUGGUAUAAUUCUAAUGAUGUAUAAAGAUUGGAAGGAACGUGUUAUCCGAUGGCUUUCGUGGGCAAUGUUUUAUGGUUGUUUGGGUUGCGUCUUCCAUUUCACUAAUCUUAUACCCAUUAACAAAAAUUUGUGGUCUUUAUCAUUCGUACUUGUUUCAACUUGUUUUGCCCUGGCUUUUCUUUCCGGAUGUUAUUUGCUGAUUGAUGUUGCCAGAAUUUGGCGAGGUGGCCCUUUCAGAAUACCCGGAAUGAAUGCACUGGUAUUAUAUGUGGGUCAUAAUAUGUGUUACCAAAUCUUUCCAUUCCAUUGGAAGAUUGGCGCAAUGGACAGUCGUACUUUGUGUUUAAUUGAAUCAAUUUGGGUUGUAACCCUCUGGACGGUUAUAGCAUAUGUUCUGCAUCGUAAACGAAUUUACAUCACACUUUGAGUUUUUACAAAUUUUAUCUAUUUAUAUAAGCAAUAUGAUACUAUUGCACUACAUUUUUUCGUAAUUUUGCAAUCCGCAAAUAAUAUAGAUAAUAUAGGAAUGAUCACGUAUGUUAUACAUUUCUGACAAUAGAUAAUUAGAUGAUAAAACUUCUAUUAGCACCGUCAACUUUAGAAAUAAUUUAUUUUACUAUUUAGAUAAAUAGUACACAGUGACAAAUUCAGAAAACAGAAUUAACAACA